GUGAAGUGGUUUGUUUUUAUUUUUUCCGCAAUAAUAAAGUGCGGAUUUAAACGAGUUCCAGUAGACUUCGGACCCUCACUUGAGUUCAGACUUACCGGCAGAAGGAGUUUAAGUCGCUUCACCGGAAGAGAAGACAAAUUCAGUUACUCAAGGAAGAUUUUAACUGUUAAAAGGUUUGUUUCAUCCUUGCCUGUUCCCUUUUUUUAAUUUUUUUUCACCUUUGAUGUUUAUAGAAUUUUGGGGCUUUAUCCAGCAAAGGUCAAUUUACUUGAUGCAGGAGAAUGCUUUUUCGAUUCCUUAAAAUAUAAUAAUAAUAAUGAUAAAAAAUAAUAAAUGGAGCAAGACUUCAUCGUACACAGCUGGUGAAGACUUUUGAAAGUUACUUCAGUUCUAAUACAUUUUAACGAGAUGUGGUCCUUGUCAAAACACGCAAACUUGAACAUUUAUUUUCUAAACUUAGCUAAUCCUUUUUAAACCAUAAUCUUGUUCCAGGGGAUAGUGUAGUUUUUGGAAUUUAAAACACACUUGAAUGAGGACUCAAACUGAACGCAGUGUAAUAACUGCUGUCAUGAAAAGAGAAUUCCAAACACAUAAAAUAAUUACCCUUUCAUUUGCGUAAGCUUCAUUUGUUACGGUAAAGUUUAAAUUAAAUCACAGGAAGAUAAGAACUUAAGCCUAUCAACAUGUGCAAAAUAAAGAGAGAAUGAUCUCUUGGCAAAAUUCAGGGGCACCCAACGAGAAUAUAGUUCAAAACUACAUAAACAUAGCAUUGUUGAACGUACUUUAGUAUUUAACGGUAGAUAAAGGCUUAUUUUUAUCCCCUAAAAAUUUUUCAUCUGUUCGGAUUUCCCAGCUGAAAGUAUAGUGAUACGAAAAUUAUAGGGAUCAAAAAUUACCUUUUCGAAAAUUUCAGCCAGAAAAAAGGCUCCCGAAAAUUCUAGGUGAACUUUUUAGGGUAAAAAUCCGUUAAAAAUAGGCAAUUAUACAAUUUUUUUGAAGUUCGAAAAUCCUAGGAGAGGCAGGCAAGCAAGAAAUGUUUAGAAAAUGAUCCGAAAAUUCUAGACCUCAAAUCGUCUUCCGAACAGAUAAUUUUCCGAAAAUUGUCGUUGGGUGCCCCUGAAAAUUUUAUAUAGCUUCUAGUACAUAAAGAAAAAUACAUGAACUACGAGAUUUGACCAUGCCACUCAAUCAUCCAACGCAACUCUUCCAGGAUAAGUUCACAAUCAAGUAUGAAGAAUUAAGGCCCAGUUCAGAGGUCGUGCUUCUGCCGUGCCGAGCUUAAUUGUAAUUUGGUUCGACUGUAGCACGGCAGGAAAACAACUUUGAUUUAGACGUCGUGCCGGAGUCGAACCAAAUUCAGGAUUUACUGAUGCUUCGUAACAAUUCUUCUCCCAACUCCCCGUGGGAACUCAAUCUCGCCAAAAUACAUCAAUAUAAUUUAUGAAUUUUGUUUAGCGCGGCAGAAGCACGACGUUUGAAUCACUGCCGUGCAGGGCCGUGUAGCACGGCAGCGCUUGUCGAACUUAAUUGCUUGCCGAACUUAAUUCAGAAGUUUGAUUCAGACACCGUGCUUCUGCCGUGCUUUUGUCGAACUUAAUUCCUGAAUUUAGUUUGGCGCGGCAGAAGCACGACGUCUGAACUGGCUGGGCCUAAGACUCUCAAUCAUCAUUUCUUGUCGUCUUCUAUAAAACCGUAAACAACUCUGAAAAAUCUUCUACUCGACCACAGCCAGUCAGCACUUUUUUCAUGCUUUUUUAAUUAUAUCACGAAGAAUUAAUUCUGUGCCUUUCACUUGAAAAUAUAAACUCUUCUACAUACGUAUUUGAGGGUUGGCUCUUUUUUUUAGUCUUGUGGGUUUUCUAAACAGAAACACAGCUUGAAAGCCUGCAUUUAGAGAGGUGAAGUGAGUGAAAAGGUCGGGCAUCGAGGAACAAUCUGUUUACGAUUAAUGCUCACUGGUCUACUUCUUAGCGUAGUAAACCGCAUGUAAUGACAAACCCAAGACCAGAAGAAAGGAAAACGUAAGCUCCACAUCACCGAGGACAAAAAUUGGUUACAGCAAAGAAAGCAAAGACUAAUGGGAUCAAAAGUGAAUUCACUUCACACUGUCGAAUCGCUGCGAAAACGAACUUCUUGUUGUUGUUCCCAGUCCUUUCUGCGCAUGCUCGCUACUGUUCUCGAAUGAUUGACAGAUUUCUUAACUGGGGCGAUCAUGGAAAGCCGAAAAGCGGUAAGAUCAAAGGCCGUUGCCAGCCCCCCUGAUUCAGAUCAUUCAAGUUCAGUUCAAGCAUCCUUAGGGUACUUUUUAGCAAACAGAUCACUGAACGCCGACAUCUUCCAGAUCAAGAUCUGUUAGAUUAUUAAUAGUGGAUUUAUGUGCAUUCAGAGCCUGUGAGGAAAGUGUCUCUUCUUUUUAUUGUUCCUCAAGUAAGAGAUGACAAGGACUGGUAACAGAACUGCAAUGCGCUACAAUGUAAUAUCUUCGCGACCCUACGUAAAAAGAGACUACAAUAUUCAAUGGCUAGACGGCUUUUGACACUUUAAUAAAGUUUCUAUCUAUCUAUCUAUCUAUCUAUCUAUCUAUCUACCAUUUCUUUGUUGUUACGUUUGUAUCUUUCUGCAUGUUUCACUCGGAACUGGUUUAGGAAGACAAUUAUAAGUUUUAUUUUGUUUAAAACGUAAAAGGGAGAGAUUAAGAGGACUGGAGAAUGAAAACAAACCUUAGAGAAAGGAUGUCCUUCUAGUUUGCAGUUCGUCUUCUCAAGGUAAAAUUCGGCCUCUGUGUCACCAAACAAAACUUGUAAACAGUCGCUUUUCAGUCGGUAAACGCGUCCAAACACGACCUCAUUGACAGGCUGCAAUCACGCAUUGCUUAUAGUGGAAUAAAAGAAAACUAAUUCAACAGCAGUGACUCGUGAAAGAAAGCAAGGUCAAUAUUAUAGCACUUAAUCCGCUAAGGCAGAAAAUAAGGUCUUCCUGUACAAGUCUUGAACACGCAACUGGGCCAGGACGGAUUCUUUACCUCUCGAAGUCUCUACUAAACUCUCUGCCUUUUUUAUGCCUUUUUAUGUUUUUUAAUAUGCUUUUUAAACGUUCUCAGAUCAGGUAAAGGAGAAAAACUAACUGCCUUUGCGCAUGAUUCAUUUUUAACUACUAAAUAAGCAUUAAGGCAGACGUAAGCACUGUGCUUAUUAUCACCUGCUGCUACCUAAUGCGUUUUCCACAUUCAGUACUCCUCAUUUGCUCAAGGUUUUGCUUGCCUAUUUUUGCCUAACAUUCUAUGAAACCUGAUAAUACGGCCGGUGUUUUCUUUUCUUUUGUUGUUUGGUUUUCAAUUCAAUUUCAAUAACUCUUCCAUGCACCCCGGUGUGAUCAAAGCAUUUGCGAGGAACAAUUAUUACCACUAUGACAUUUUUUUCAUUUUUUCCCUGCAAAUUAAACAAAUUAUAUCAUUGACGCAGAUACGCAGACGCAGGGGGGCAGGGGUAGGGGGUGGCAGGAGACUCCAAAUCUCCCACCUCUCACACCAUACAUUCCAGGUCCCAUCCUUAUUAAUCUUGGCUUUUUAACUUUAGCCGUCUUUCGAUUGAAAAAUAUUCAGCGCCUGCGUAUACGGGUAAAAUCUUUGCUCGUUGGCACUUGGCGAUAGCUUUAGCUAGUUUAUUAUCUAUUACCACUUCGCAGAGUUCCGCAUGAUCACUCUUUAAGAAGGUCAGUAGGCAGCUUUCUGUUAAGGAACGAACUGUGACCACAUUGUUUAAUCGGCUAUUGAGCACGUUGUAGCUUUGGUGUGACUAGUGAGACAUAACUGUCAAAAACGAUUUCAUUUGUUCUUCAAGUAAGAGAUGGUAAGCAUUAUGUUCUCACUCAGAUCCUCUCUUGGUUCUACUAGAAUAGAGUGCUUGUGACAAAAUUCAGAUCAGUUUCUUCAACAAAACUACAAUGAGCUACAAUGUACCUUCCGCGACCCUGUGUAAAAGAGGCCAGUGAGAAUAUUCAACGUCCUCAAAACAUUAGUUGUUUGUAUCUCUUUGCAUGGCUCACCCAAAUAUGGUUUAACCCUCGGACUUACACGCAAAUUCAUACCCCCACCGUGGUACAAGAGGGGGGUGGAUGGAACCCCUCCCCGAGUUUUUGAUAUGUUGCACUAUUUUGAAAUGAUUUUACCUUUAGUGGAAAGCCUUCUAUUUUAGGGGUGGUGGCGCUAGUGGAGGCCUUUGACGUCACCAACAAUGGUCGCCGUCUUGGAUUUUACAAAGAAUUAGAAAUCAGGUUAAAACCGCGAGAAAUGGUAAUUUUUUGUGCUUUACAUGAAAAAUAACACAUAAAUAAGCACUUUGCAUGAUUUUAGCCGCAAGAUUUACUUUUAUUGUUGAGAGAAGUUGAAAAAACGUGUAUUUUCACACAGAAUUGGCUUGACCAGCUGAUACUUGUGACAUCAUCUUGUAACCAUAGCUACUGAUCAUCACUAAACUUGUCUCAAAAUCUGCGCGAGGGAUAAACGAACAGCUACUGAAAACGUGAGUUGCUGAUCUUUUAUCCUCUAGGGAAAAAAAAAACUCAGAAAAACCUUAUGAGGCGAACACUCCCCUCCCCCACCCUCCUUGUACGUCCGAGGGUUAAGAAGACAAUUCAGUAAAAGUUUAAAGAUCCAGUCAGAUUUUCUUUUAAACUUAAAAGAAAGUAUCGAGGAUUGAAGACUGAAAACAAACCUUGGAGAAAGGAUGUCUGCUGGCUAGUUUGCCCUUCGUCUUCUCAAGGUAAAAUUCCUUCGAGUCACCAAACAAAACUUGAAAACAGUCGAAAUUCAGUCUGUAAACACAUCCCAACACGAUCUCAUUUACGGCUGCAAUCACGCAUUGUUUACAAUGGAACAGAAGAAAAAUACUUCAACAGCAGUGACUCGUGAAAGAAAUGCAAGGUCAAUACUCAGCAGUUCCGCUUAGGAACGUAGUUAAGUCAGUGUUAAGUCUUCCUGUACAAGUCUGAAACACGCAUCCAGCGGGCCGGCUAGGACAGAUUCGGCUUUCCCUGUCGAUUUCAUGUCUCUGCUAAACUCUCUCCGAACUGUCGUUAAUUUUUUAUUAUUAUUUUGAAUAAAUUUUAAACCUUCUGAGUUUAUAAGAUGAAAACUAUUUGCUUAAAUUGCGCAUGAUUCAUUUUUAAAGAGCUUCCACGACUAAGCCGAGGAGAGGCAGACGUGAGCACUCGCGUGCAUAUUAUCAGCUGGCUGCUCCUGAUACGUUCUCCACAAUCGGUACAAUUCCAACAACGUUCCCUCAAGGUUUUGUAAUGAAACCUGAUAAUACGACCGGUGUUUUCUUUUCCUUCUUGGUUGGUUUUCAAUACAAUUCAAUGAAUCCUCGAUGCACGCCCGGUGAUCAAAGCAUUUGCACGGAAUAAAUAUAACCCCUGCUUUCCGCUCCCGCCUCUCGCUCUCUUUGUUCUCCGGGCGCUUUUCGUAUGUUAUUUCCUAUGUUUUCUUUUUCCUUUUUUUCUGAUAAAUAAAAGUUCUGACUUAAGUCUCGAAACUUGGGCGAAGCAAUUCAUGAGGCAUUUUAACAUUGACAAGUUGAGUCGGAUCAGAACAUGGGAGUGAUAUUUAAAGGCCUGAGUCCCAGUCGCUUAUUAUAUAAUAAGUAUGAUCCAUUGAGCCAUUUUAAGUCUUCUUCAGUACAACAAUUAAAGGACCGGGAACGGAUAUCGAUGGAAACUAAUAAAAGAGCACAAUAAUCAUUUCUGUUGGUAAUGAUUACUCAGUCUCUACGUCAAUAAUCACCUUAUAUUGGCUCUUCAUUCAGUACACUUUUAUAGACUAACCUACGCUAUAGGGCUCCCGUUUUGAGGUUUAAUUCUAAUGAGUUUUCUUUUGUUUCAGAUUCCAAGAGCUUGCGGGCUUAAUUUUAUUUGCACAAUUACACAUGUCACUCAGAUUAAUGUGAAGUGGUUUGUUUGUUUGUUUGUUUUUUCCGCAAUAAUAAAGUGCAGAUUUCAACGAGUUCCUGUAGACUUCGGACCCGCACUUGAGUUCAGACUUACCCGCAGAAGGAGUUUAAGUCGCUUCACUGGAAGAGAAGACAAAUUCAGUUACUCAAGGAAGAUUUUAACUGUUAAAAGGUUUGUUUCAUCCUUGCCUGUUCCCUUUUUUAUAUUUUUUUCACCUUUGAUGUUUAUAGAAUUUUGGGGUUCUAUCCAGCAAAGGCCAAUUUACUUGAUGCAGGAGUAUGCUUUUUCGAUUCCUUAAAAUAUAAUAAUAAUAAUAAUGAUAAAGAUAAAAAUAAAUGCAGCAAGACUUCAUCGUACACAGCUGGUGAAGACUUUUGAAAGUUACUUCAGUUCACCUAGCUCAUAACACGAUUCUCCUGAAAAGCCCUUGGUUUCAUAGUUAUCUAUCAGGGCUGUCUGCAAAAUAAUGAAAGUAGUUUCCGAGAAUUAGAAUGUAAUAAUGAACACUCUAUCUCUUUACUUCCCAAGCCAGUUAUGUUUCUGCUUAAAUAUUAAGCGAAAUUCAUUCACGUGCACCCAACGACGAUUUCCUCCUACUUAAGGACUGUGCAAUAAUUACCUGGAGGGGGCGGGGGAGGGGGGUUGGAAAAUUAGAGGGGGGGGACAUAGGAGAAAAUGACAACAAAAGAGAGGGGGGUCGGAUGUAAAAUUUAAUACAUACAGGGCGGGGGGAGCAUUACUUUUUUAUUCCUUUUUGCAAACUGGAAAAGUAGUGGAAGAGUUAUUAGAGUUCAAAUAUAAAUACUAACAUUAGAAUAAAACUGACAAAUUUAUCAACUCUAAGGUGUUCUGAUCUUUGAACGGUUGUUUUCCUAUCUGCAGUAGGAAAGGAAUGCCUCUGUUAUAUAUGUUAAAACAGUACUACUUUAUUUGCACUAGGAUUUAAUAAAAAAAGGAAACUUUAAUUGAAAGUUGCAAAAGCAGCACUAUAUAAAAAAUAUUAUUCAAUGAAAAAGAAAGAUGCCAGUGUUAGCACACAUGGCAUCACAAUUUAGCAGAAUGAAAAACCCAACUGUUGAAAUUUUAAUAGCGAUACAAAUUUAAAGUAUGGUAAAUAAAACACAGUAUGAUUAAAUUGAGCUUCAAAAACAACAAAAAAAGCUCAAUCAGACAGGAAUUCCUGAGUUCUCAAUAACGCAAGCGGGAACCUUAGUGCCAGAGAUACUGUAGAAGACGAGUAAUCUCCCAAUUCAUACGAAGACGACACAAGCUCAGAGUCCAGUGAUUCUGAUGACUCUUCCAAUGACUCUUCGACAUACGUCGAAGAGUCAUUUAAAGUGGUGUUUGUACCGGAGGAAGAAAUCCAACAAGUAAACUAGAUAUGAGGGUAUCGAUGGGAGGAGACUUUUUUAAAGGGCGGGGAGGGGAGGGGGGUUGGCCUCAAUAUUAUCAUUAUGUGAGGGGGGCUUGAAAUCAAUUUUUGCUUAAUAAGAGGGGGUAUGACUUAGAUUUGGGGCAUAUUUCACCCAUUUCCCUACCUCCUCCCCCCCCUCCAGGUCCCUUAUGCAUUGAAAACACUUUUUAGGCUAUCCAGAGUACUUUUAUAUCUCUAGAAAUGCAUCACGGCUAAGCAGCGCUAAAAAAGUUGUAUCUGUUCGGUCAUCCUAGGGCACAUUGAGUCUUUUCGAAAUUACCAGGGCUUCAGUUUUAUUUUGCCGAAACAUUUUAAUUUACUCUUUCCAUCGGAUUUUCGAAUACGAAAAUUUUAAGUUACCUUUUUCUUCGAAAACUGAAUAGCUUAAAACUUCAGAAAAUUGUAGGAAAUUAUUAGGUAAGCUUUUACGAAACAAAAUUGUACUUGAAUGGAACGGUCAUCUAAAAAUUCUUAGCCUCCCUCAAGGUAUAGAAAAGUUUGGACAAUAUUUGCUUCUGUGAACAGAUAUUUUACAGGAAGCUGUCGUUGGAUGCCCCUGGUCAUUGUGAAAUGAUACGUUUGUGAACAGUCGUAAUCCCUUUGUAACUCAUUUUAUGUCAGUUUCUUUGCGUAAAUCGCGAUCGAGAUUCGACUUUUUAGUUUGAAAUGCAAUAAUUCCGCUAAUACGAGACAUAUGCAAAUUUCCUCACACCCUUUUUUAGGUCUUUUAUCUGUCAAUCAGAUGCAAUAAAAAGGAAGUGAAUAUUUAACAACGCGAAAGGGCCGGGGCUUCAGCAGUAAACUCGAUACCUCUGAGUUCGAGAGCAAAAAACUUAAGCGCCUUUUGAAAUUCGAAAAAAUAAAAUCUUUUAUAAGGUAAUUUAGUCUUUUAGCUUUAAUUUGAUAUAUAACUUGCCUUUGUAGCGAAAAUACUCGCGCGACUAGAAUUUCUGUGGGCACCUCGUUUUCCUUUACCGAGACCUUAAUCGAACUCAAUCCACCUGAUCAAGUUCUAUUUUGUUCGGCAGACAAAACGCAGCCAGUUUUAAUUGAAUUAAUCGGAAAGAUCUUCCUCUAGGAUGUAUGUGAAGCAGUUUAAAAACAACAUCGUUUCAAUUAACCCGGAAUGAACUAGAAUCUUUACUGUUAAGGUGAUUCAAAAUCGAUAAAUUCACAACUAAUACUGCGAAACAUGAAUGGCAUCGUAAAACCAUGCAUGUAAAAUGUCUUUCCCGGGACAAUACCAACGACUGGGGAUAUUCUUAGGAUACCAGAAAAGUCAAAUCUUCCUCGAUAAAGUAUCGAUAAUUAAAAAAGGACCACUGUAACUGGAUCUGAACGCACUUGAAAAUAGUCAUUAUAGCUAUCGCUACCAGUGUUCUCAUUAUCUCAAAGUAAAUGUCUAUUAAAACUACAAGUGGCGCUUGUAAAAGCUGUUGCACAACAGAAGCAAUACAAGCUAAACUUUUGGCAUAAAAGGCUUCAUUAAAAGUAAAACAAAUAAUACCGACAUCGAUGGAGAAAGAGCACUUGUUUUCCGCCCAGUCUGUGACAUCUUUGCGUACUCGUGUUUGAAAUUGAAGCCAGGCAAUUGAUACUUAACUUAUUUGAAUGCAACGCCAUGUCUGAAACCAGACAAAACAGGUUUAUGGCCGGUUGUUGUUGUGUUCGAUUUUGUUCGAUUGUUUAAGUGUUUGAUUUCCGAAUGUUCGACGGUGUCCUUGGGGCGUACUACCGCUGGCCUCUCAGAGCCCCUAGCCCAUUAUAGUCUAUUCUGUGGCCAAUUAUAGACCCCCAUCUUAGUCACGUUUGGGCAAAUAUGUAAUUUUCGUGAUCCCAACUUAGUCACUUUCUAUUUAUGUAUCUACCUUACACUGAAUGAAAGAAAAUUUUUCUUUUCACAUACAGUACAACAUUCCCGUACGUUUGCUAACCGUAAAUAUGAAGAACUGUCUUAAGCCUGCUUUUCACUAGCGCAUAAGCAUAAGCACAAGCACAUGUGUAAGCAAGUGAAAACUGGGUCGACAUAAGCGUAAGCAUAAGCACAAGAAAAACGGACAAGUACGUUCUUCUUGUGCUUAUACUUAUGUCCUAGCUUUGACUAUGAAUAAAAACUGGGUCGACAUAGAUAAGCACAAGCAUAAGCAGAAGGCCGACUUGGACCAAUCAUAGAUCACUUUGACCCAGACCUCAUGCGAACAUUUGAAAAGCAAUAUGGGGGACGCUUCGUCCGCCAUCUUGUUUAUCAUUGGAUUGAGGAGAGCUGGUAUCGAGAAUUGAGUCAAAUAUGCCAUUCUGCGUGUGCGUAUGUCCUUAUGCUUAUUGUUAUGCGCUAGUGAAAACCAGGUUUUACCCCAAAAAUCCGAAAACGUGCGACCCCAUUCUAGUAAUGCUAUUGAAAACGCGACCCCAUUAUAGUCAAUCUAGUCGUGAAAAUGCGACCCCAUUAGGCGGCACAUCCCCAUUAGCCUCUUAUAAGGAAGUACCCCCCGGUUUAUGUUUGACUGGCAAACUUUUUAGGUGAUUCCGAUUAAUAUAAGUUCGAUUACCGAACCAAAUCGAAGUCAAUCGUACAAUUGGAGUUCGAUUGGGUUCCAUAACCGAACGUUCGAUUGACUACGCCGGGAGUAUUGACUUACUGCAAGAGAGGAUAAAGGGGACAGAGAAGGCAUCCCCCAUACACACCCUAUUCCAUAGGUAGUUUGUCUCGAGUUAUUUUUAAGACCACAGAUCCCAAGGGGGAUUAGACAACAGCCAAUCACAUAGCGCGAAUGUGUUCUGCGUGGAUGACCCACGCUCAGAGCCACGCGUCCUUCACGAAUUGACGCAGAAAAAAAUGGCGGAAUACGCGAAGAGCGAUAUUGCUGGUUUUCAGUGUCACUCCAUUGAAAAUAGAUCAAAAUAAACAUCAAAACCAUUCGACAGAUAAAGUCCAGAAUGUGGGAAAUGAAAGGAGGUAAAUAUACAAAGACCCUCGCUGAGAUUUGGGUCGAAGGAAUAAUUCGUAUAAGAGAUAUCCGAAGAAAUGUUUUACCCAAAUUUAUAGAGCUUUGUAUGGAGACGCCAUGCUGGAGCUCAUCGGGAUGAGCUCCAACAUGGCGGACGGAAACCAACAGAAACAUCUGUUACCGAGUUUUGAUACGAAAGCGUGAAUUUACUCCUAGAGGAACUCAUAAACAUUAAAGUAAUACUUUUUCUUAUACUUUAACUGUUUAGAUAGCAAAAUUUCUCGAAAAAAGUCACUUUUUUAACCUAAAUGAUCGCUCUCUCGGCCGUCUUGUAAAUGCUGCGUCACGCAAAAGCUUAGAAAUUCAAGCGUACUCUAUUUUAAAACCAAGAAACCUUUUGAAGCGAAAAUUUGUUUUGAAAUUAGUUUUCAGCUACUCUAAUACUCCAUGAAAGUAAAAUCUCAGUAGGAUCGAUAGUUUUGUAGUUUGAAUUUUAGUGACGUUGUGUGAAAACCAACAAUUGCUAUUCGUUUUGUCAACGAAAACGACUUAAGAGAGAUUUCUACUAAAGUGGUGUUCACGAAAUGGAAAUUAAAAAAGAAUCGCCCUUCCUCUCUUGUAUGGAGCUAACAGUAUAGCAGGGAAAUCCUUAACACACUGAAUAUACUCUCAGGAUCAUUUAUAAUUUAUAGUUUGAAGAGAGCAGUUUCUGGUUUGAUAUUUAUUCUUUUAUUAGUCUUUUAUAAUUCAACAAAAAUAACACUUGACGUCCUACUUGCUUUAUUGAACAAACGACCGGUUUCAAUAGACCGGCGAAAUUUCUCAUUUUAUUUAAGCACUGAGCUUACGACAACUUCGAGUUAAGCUGAUUUCACGGGUUGUCAAAGAGUCCAGCGAUUCCCUUUUCCCAGGUGAGCGCCGACCCAUUUCGCUUCAAUAUUCAGAAAUGCUCUCGAUCUCUUUACGCUUUCAUUGCCUUUCGCCAGACAUGUUUUGCACGGCGUUUAGUCAGGCGAAACCUCCACGAAACAUCCAGGCAGCGCGCGAGGUAACUUUAUCCAGAGAUCGAGCGCAAGAUCGGUCAGUAUUUUAAACAGCUCCGCCGAGCAACGCAAUAGGCCAGAUUCUUUACCUAUCGACUAUUCCAAAAUCGAACCAAACUCUCUUUAUUGGCUAUCUUCCACAGCUGCCACUUAUUGUCUGAAGCUUCAGUGACUGGUGAGCAAAAAUAUUUGUAGACAAAAAUAACUAAAAUUUAAACCCCUUUUUGUACGAUUUUGUUUACCGAUAAUGUUAUGUUCUAACUAAGGCCAGUUUAAAACUGACUGUGUAUGCUUGCAAAAAUUUAAUUUAGUUUUCCGAUGUUAGGUGUAAAGAUGUAAGCCCUUGUUAACUACCUGCAGACAUUUUUAGCAAUCAGAAAUUAUAUAUUUUUUUAGGGAGAGCUCGGCUGAAAUAUUUCAAGCCAAUUACUGAAUUCAACACAGUAUCCAGAAGUUAAACUUAAAGGCAGGUUAGUCAUUUACAAACCAGCAUAGAGGUCAGAACCUCAUCGUAUAUCCGGCUGCGUCCGAUAUUCUCUGCCUUAAACUCAAGGAAGUUAUGCAGCACAUUAACUACAAGGCUCAAUAAAAACACACUAACAAUUUGAGCCUGAUUUUAUUAUAUGAGCCCGGCUAGCCCUGAUUGCCACUAGACCAUGGAAUAGUUGAGACUCCGCAAUUCCACUAGAUGGCGUAAUGUAAAUCUUCUCUAGAUGGAAAUAAGUUCAAACAAUUUUCUAAAAUUAUUUUGUCAUGUUUUGUGACUGACGAAUGUGUGCUAAGAAACAUGGAAAAAUAUUUAACAAAUCGUCACAUGUAAGGCAGUCCGAGAUUCCGGAAUCCGGGAAAUUAGGCUUGUGGAAUUCGGAAUACAUGCAGCUGAAGGAAUCCUGAAUCCCACUUAAGAUCGGAAUCCAGAAUUCAAGUUCCACUGAAAAUGAGUGGAAUCCCGAGUACCUGGAAUCCCGGUGGAAUCCAUGUCGUGGAAUCCAGAAUCUAAGACUGUGUUGGAUUCCCUUACAUGAGGCGAAACAAAUUUAAAAAAAAAACAUCGCGAUUUCGUUUCAAAAGGAUUGCAAUUAACUGCUGCACACGCGUAAGUUUGCCCCCGUGCAAAAACUAGACGAUAUAUAUAGAACAUAUCCAAGCUAGAAAAUUAUUCUUUCUUAUCAUUUCUCAUCUUGUAACAAAAUUUCUUUUUAAUUUUUCUUUCUUUGUUACUUCCAGUUUGAUUCACCGAGGUGAAGGAGCUGAAAAGAGGGAAAAAAGGGAAACGAUUGUAAGUGCCUCACAUUUAAACAAUGUUCAAACUGCACCGGAUAGCUUUUGCACCUACAAAAACCUUCUGCUCACGCAUAAGACGGCGAUUUCGGCCCGAGUUUUGUAACGGAGCGACGCUGCGCCGCGCCGAUCUCUAAAGUGCAGAGCUCUAAAAGCUAUUCGGUAUAAUGUGAACAUGGGCUCAAUUUGCAAUCAUUAUCUUAAAAUAAUAAUAAUAAUAAUAAUAAUAAUAAUAAUAAUAAUAAUAAUAAUAAUAACAACUGGCAGUUUUAUAAUUUUCAAAAAUGAUUUUAAUUUCUGGAAAGAGAAAAUUAAUAAAAGAAGUUUAUCAAUUCUAAACUUUUCAGCCUGUCAACAAAGUCAUGACUGUAUUCAUUAUUAAUUUGUUUUUGUUUCCUUUUCAUGUUAAAACUGAAGUUGAUGAAUUGACAAUACAUUUCGUAUGUAACGUAUUUUCAGAAUACCAACGUAUUUUUUAAUCAUGUCAAUUCCAAAAUGAAAAUCGUUUCUUGACUAUUGUAUUUUUUGAAAAUCAAAAAUUGCUGACUGACCAAAAUCAUUCUAUAGUGACGGUUAAGAGGAGGGUAAGACCAGGAGUAGGAAAAGUUUUGGUUAGAUAACAUUCGCCUGAAAGCCGUGAUCGUUGUUGUCGCUUUACAGUGACUUUAUUAAAGGCUGAAAUCACGGUGAACAAUCCGUACACCCGUCCGUCAAAUGCAAUUCCUUAAAAGCUACAGUGGAAUUCACAUCAGCAGCUCAGACGUCGAUGAGCUUUUCAAGCAGUAUAAAUCAGGUUGAAAUUAAAAUCUGACAUUGUUAAGUCAAAAGUUGUCAGUAAAUUGUCGGUCCUGACAAACCGACAAAAAUUUUUGCAUUCGUUUACCGAAAUGAGGAUUUUUAAAGCUUGAAUGAAGACUUCAAGUUGAUGAUGGUACUCCCUAAUAAAAUAGAACAAAAUGGGGUAAACGUGACGUCAUUUGAUGAUCUGCAACACGAAGAAACUACCAGGAAAAGAGAAAAAAAGCAUUGCUUUCACCCUUAGUUUAUAUAAUGGCUAUUUUGAAGUUAGUUCUUGGCCGAAUAAAAACUGUUGGGAGGUGACGUUUCCAAAAAGGCAGCAUACACAUACAGAGAUAUACCCACUAAAAAGCAAUUUAGUACAUUUUCACCUGCAGAUAAUUUUCUAGGUAAUCACAAAAGCGAACAAUGUUUUUCACAGGUAAAAUAUAAAAAGGAAAUAAAAGCUACAGGUCCAGGCAGAAUUUUGAACGAUGUUUAUAUUCGUGUGAGAAAAAUGAUGGGCGCUUUCUAUUUCGCUUAAACUUCAAGAAAUUCGGUUAGAAAUAAAAUGGAAAACACCAUUUCGGUUAGGUCCGACAGGAAUAUUUGGAACACCUUUGAAAGUUGUCCACUAAGCAUGAGAAGGGGGAGGGGAGAGGCGGUUUAUAGUUGUUGGGGUUUAUGUAAUUGUUAAUUAGUCCAUCAAAGAAAAACCCUUUUUCUUUUCCUAUUUUCUUACGUGUUCGAUGAUUGCUUUCAUAACAAUUCUUUUUUUCACUAGGCUUAUUACCUUCAAGAAGAAAUGAAAUAUUAAGAUUUAAGAAUGACACAGAGAAUAAUAAAACGAAUUGAAGAUCUUACAAAGCGUCUCUUAGAAGCCAAGCAAAAUAACAGCAGGUUUGAAGAAGGACGUGCCUAUAGCAAUCUCGGCAUUGCUUAUGACUCUCUCGGCGACUUCCAACGAGCAAUAGAGUACCACGAGAAACACCUUAGCAUUGCCAAGGACGUCGGCGACAGGGCUGGAGAAGGACGUGCCUAUUGCAAUCUCGGCAAUGCUUAUGACUCUCUCGGCGACUUCCAACGAGCAAUAGAGUACCACGAGAAAGACCUUAGCAUUGCCAAGGACGUCGGCGACAGGGCCGGAGAAGGACUUACCUAUGGCAAUCUCGGCAAUGCUUAUCGAAAUCUCGGCGACUUCCAACGAGCAAUAGAGUACCACGAGAAAAGCCUUAGCAUUGCCAAGGACGUCGGCGACAGGGCCGGAGAAGGAAGUGCCUAUGGCAAUCUCGGCAAUGCUUAUCGAAAUCUCGGCGACUUCCAACGAGCAAUAGAGUACCACGAAAAACACCUUAGCAUUGCCAAGGACGUCGGCAACAGGGCCGGAGAAGGAGGUGCCUAUGGCAAUCUCGGCAAUGCUUAUCACUCUCUCGGCGACUUCCAACGAGCAAUAGAGUACCACGAGAAACGGCUUAGCAUUGCCAAGGACGUUGGCAACAGGGCCGGAGAAGGACGUGCCUAUGGCAAUCUCGGCAAUGCUUAUCACUCUCUCGGCGACUUCCAACGAGCAAUAGAGUACCACGAGAAAAACCUUAGCAUUGCCAAGGACGUCGGCAACAGGGCCGGAGAAGGAAGUGCCUAUGGCAAUCUCGGCAAUGAUUAUCACUCUCUCGGCGACUUCCAACGAGCAAUAGAGUACCACAUGAAAGACCUUAGCAUUGCCAAAGACGUCGGCGACAGGGCCGGAGAAGGAAGUGCCUAUGGCAAUCUCGGCAAUGCUUAUCACUCUCUCGGCGACUUCCAACGAGCAAUAGAGUACCACGAGAAACGCCUUAGCAUUGCCAAGGACGUCGGCAACAGGGCCGGAGAAGGAAGUGCCUAUGGCAAUCUCGGCAAUGCUUAUCGAAAUCUCGGCGAUUUCCAACGAGCAAUAGAGUACCACGAGAAACACCUUAGCAUUGCCAAGGACGUCGGCGACAGGGCCGGAGAAGGACUUGCCUAUUGCAAUCUCGGCAAUGCUUAUUACUCUCUCGGCGACUUCCAACGAGCAAUAGAGUACCACGAGAAAGACCUUAGCAUUGCCAAGGACGUCGGCAACAGGGCCGGAGAAGGACGUGCCUAUGGCAAUCUCGGCAAUGAUUAUCACUCUCUCGGCGACUUUCAACGAGUAAUAGAGUACCACGAGAAAUGCCUUAGCAUUGCCAAGGACGUCGGCAACAGGGCCGGAGAAGGAAGUGCCUAUGGCAAUCUCGGCAAUGCUUAUCACUCUCUCGGCGACUUCCAACUAGCAAUAGAGUACCUCGAGAAAGACCUUAGCAUUGCCAAGGACGUCGGCAACAGGGCCGGAGAAGGACGUGCCUAUGGCAAUCUCGGCAAUGCUUAUUACUCUCUCGGCGACUUCCAACGUGCAAUAGAGUACCACGAGAAAGGCCUUAGCAUUGCCAAGGACGUCGGCAACAGGGCUGGAGAAGGAAGUGCUUAUGGCAAUCUCGGCAAUGCUUAUCACUCUCUCGGCGACUUCCAACGAGCAAUAGAGUACCACAUGAAAGACCUUAGCAUUGCCAAAGACGUCGGCAACAGGGCCGGAGAAGGAGGUGCCUAUUGCAAUCUUGGCAAUGCUUAUCACUCUCUCGGCGACUUCCAACGAGCAAUAGAGUACCACAAGAAACACCUUAGCAUUGCUAAGGACGUCGGCAACAGCGCCGGAGAAGGAUGUGCCUAUGGCAAUCUCGGCAAUGCUUAUAGAAAUCUCGGCGACUUCCAACGAGCAAUAGAGUACCACGAGAAACACCUUAGCAUUGCCAAGGACGUCGGUAACAGGGUCGGAGAAGAACUUGCCUAUUGCAAUCUCGGCAAUGCUUAUUACUCUCUCGGCGACUUCCAACGAGCAAUAGAGUACCACGAGAAAGACCUUAGCCUUGCCAAGGACAUCGGCAACAGGGCCGGAGAAGGACGUGCCUAUGGCAAUCUUGGCAAUGAUUAUCACCCUCUCGACGACUUCCAACAAGCAAUAGAGUACCACGAGAAAUGCCUUAGCAUUGCCAAGGAGGUCGGCAACAGGGCCGGAGAAGGACUUGCCUAUUGCAAUCUCGGCAAUGCUUAUUACUCUCUCGGCGACUUCCAACUAGCAAUAGAGUACCACGAGAAAGACCUUAGCAUUGCCAAGGACGUCGGCGACAGGGCCGGAGAAGGACGUGCCUAUGGCAAUCUCGGCAAUGAUUAUCACUCUCUCGGCGACUUCCAACGUGCAAUAGAGUACCACGAGAAAGACCUUAGCAUUGCCAAGGACGUCGGCAACAGGGCCGGAGAAGGACGUGCCUAUUACAAUCUAGGCAUCUCUUUUCUUAGUCUAAAUUCUUUGAAUGAAGCUUUAGCUCAUUUUAGAUUGAGCGUAGAAACUCAUAACACUAUUAGAGCCAGUCUCAUUUCCAAAGAUGUUUGGAAAAUAAGUUACCGUAAGGUUUGGAAAAAUGCCUACACCUGUUUAUGGCAAGUUCUUAUAAUGCUUCAAAAGACGAACGAGGCCCUUCACGCUGCUGAGCAAGGAAGAGCACAAGCCUUGCAAGACGCCUUGGAAAUAAAAUAUGGCUUCCCAUCAUUUCAACACAGGUGCAAUAAACCUGAAGAAGAGGUUACAAACAUUUCAAGAAAAACAUCUACUUUGACAGCGUUUCUUGCAAUACAAAAUGAAACAAUUAAUAUAUGGGUAUUGGGAAAGGAAAGCAACGCUGUAUUCAGGCAAGAAAAGUUAGCAAUGGAAAAUGUACAUGAAGAUUCAUUUGCUGCUCUUUUGGAAGCUGCUUUGAAAAAAAUUGAUGCUGGGGUCGACGUAAGAUGUGAGAAUAGGUCAUUGGACAAGGUAAGCGACAAUCCACCUCCCAGUACUCGAGGCGAUGAUCGAAUAUUGGAGCCGUCACGCAGGAAAACUGACUGGUUACAGCCACUGUAUGAUGUUGUUAUUGGUCCCAUCGAAGACUUGCUUAACUGUGAUGAACUUAUUGUAGUCCCUGAUGGUGCUUUGUCUUUAGCUCCAUGGGCAGCCCUAAGUGAGUCUUUGAGGAUUCGCACUGUUCCCUCACUUGCAAUUUUGAAGCUGAUCAGUGAUUCUUCAGCUGAUCACCACACUAAAAAUGGAGUCCUGCUUGUUGGAGAUCCAAGUCUGGAGAAAGUUACAGAUAAAUGGGGUAGGCCCAUUUACAAGCAACUUAAUUACGCAAAAAAGGAAGUGGAGAUGAUUGGAGGAAUCCUAAACGGUCAACCACUUAUAGGAGAAGCUGCAACAAAGCAGGAGGUGCUUCAAAGAAUACAGUCAGUUGCUUUAGUUCACAUUGCAGCCCACGGAAGAAAGGAAACUGGUGAAAUUGCCUUGGCUCCAAACCCCGGUUGGAAAUCAAAGAAUCCUACCCCUAUGGAGGAGGAUUAUAUUUUGAAGAUGUCUGAUAUACAAGCUACUGACUUGAGAGCGAAGCUGGUUGUGCUCAGUUGCUGCCAUAGUGGUAAAGGAGAAGUUAACUCCGAAGGCGUUGUCGGAAUGGCACGGGCUUUCUUGUUUGCAGGUGCUCGUUCUGUGCUGGUGUCACUGUGGGCCAUCGAUGACGAAGCCACAAUGGAGUUUAUGAAAAGUUUCUACCAACACCUGAGAGCCGGCGAAAGUGCUAGUCAAGCUCUUCAGAAGGCCAUGAAAUGUCUCCGGGACUCGGACAACUUUUCUGCCCCAAAGUACUGGGCUCCAUUUGUGCUCAUUGGCGACGACGUUACAAUUCAGUUUGAUGCAAAUCAUUAGAGGCGUAAGCAGAAAUAUAUCUUUUUUUCUUACUAUAUAUUUUUAAGGUCUUAAGAAGAGAAUUCGAAAGUUGCAAAAUAAAGGAAAUUACUGAGAAAUAAAGAUGCAUAGAAUUAGAGAAGACUUCAACAAUGUUGACGAUCACAAAGGCCCGGGGGCGGGGGGGUGGGCACUCCCAUAUUUAGCAUAUACGGGUAUGUGCCCCUGAAUAGAGUAUGGUUUUUAAGGUCUUGAGUCUUAAACAGGGCACAGAAUAACAACAAUAACAGGAUAUAGAAUUUCACUGUUAAGAGUCUUGAACAGGGUAUCUUUUUGGACUGGAAGUCUUUCAAAGAGUGAAGAUUUGCGUGUGUUAAUGCAUCAAAUAUUUCUAUAUUUACAGGGUCGCACAAAGUGUUUGAUGUCAAAAAAAAAACCAUGCGUGUGUAACACAGAGAGGACUUCAGUGUGCUUCCCUUCGAGCAGAGGUUUCUGUCUGGUGUGAAAUUUAGCGUUUACAAAGUCAUUGGUGUCGCUUGGCAGUGAUUUAGUUUUUUUUAAGCCCUGAAAGGGCCACGCGGAGUGGGACUUUGUGUACGAGGCUGACUAGUGAGUAAUAAUUUCCUUUGUUUUUGUUUUCAUAAUUUUGAAAGAGAGUUCAGAUUUCAGUCAUAUCGAAUUUUAAGGACAUGCAACUGUAGAGAACUGCAGAGUUACAAGAGUAAAUUUUGCCUGGUAAACAUUAGCCCGCGUGGCAAGCGUUUCCAUUUGGCCUGGUUUCGGAGCAAAGAAAGACUGAGAGCCAAAAACUUGCGCCAUUAUUCGCGCGGUCUUUGACUCUCGUUCCUCGUUCUUUGUUCCUACACCGCACAGAAACGCUUGCUACGCAGGCUAGGUAAAUAUUAAAUUUUCCUAUUGAUUUUCCGUUUACUCCUCAACGGAAAAUCACCAAACAAGUGGAUCAGUAGUAAGCCCUUAUUGUAGCCCCAUCUUUUGUACAUGUAUAUUUUAUUAAUAGCUCGUAUCUUAUCUUAGCGUAUACUUUUAAGCAACACAUUUAUUUGCUAUUUGAAAGAAAACUGAUUCUAAAUGUACUCCAAGAAUAGCUAAGUGUUCUUUGAGACUGAUGGAGAUGUCAUCAAACUCCAUGUCAAAAAAGUACAAAGAGUUUCCAACGAUCAUAUCACUUGUACCUUGUCGCCAUAGGCCUUAAGAUAAUUGUGGUCAAGCCAGGAUGAAAUACCUUUUAUGACUUUAUUUAAAGUGCAUUGAAGCACAAUUGGGUAGUGUCGUCUGCGUAGAGGUGUAGUGAGGAGACGGUGACGGAUUGGUUCAUGUUAUUCAUAAAGAAGUUAAACAAUAAGGGAUUGAGAAGACUUCUCUGAAGGACCCCACAGCGUAGAAUCAUAACCAGUUAGAGCAUGUGCAAUUGUUUGCUGUCAUGCAGAUAUGAUCUUAUAAAUUGAAGGGCUGGCUUUUGUACGCCGCAUGCUUUAAAUUUGCAAGGAGUAAAUUAUGGCAAAUCAGUCCGGCGAAAGCCUUUGAUAGAUCGACGGCAGCUAGGCCAAAGAAAUUUCGUCCAUAGUGCAAGAGUGUCCCUUGAGAAAGCAAGACAUAUUAGGUGAGAAAAUGGGGGAAAGGAUGUGUACAGUUGAUCAAACAUCACUUUUUCCAACAGUGUGAAGAUUUUGGGGAGCAAACUGACAGGUCGGCAAUUGUUUUUGCUCGUCGUUUCAUCCUUUAGAGGAAAGGGAUGACAUUACUCAUUGCACAGAGUAUUUGCUUGACUAUGUCUGUCCAACCUUUGUUAUUUGGGCUGCUUUUGAUUAUCACUUUUCAACCAAUGUGAUUUUAAAAGGGGAAAUGCAUUAUUUAUAAAUCCUUUGAAACUGAAUACUCCGGUACAAUCGCUGUUUUAUGUGGAGGAGGCGCGAGUAAACCACUGCUGUUCCCUUUUUAAGCAUAACUGAACAAGGCAGAAUCAGGCAUAUUAUUAAAAAAAAGAAAUAAUUUAUUCCCUCCCUCAUUGUUUCGAAACAUGUAACUCCUCAGUGUAAUGCUUUUGUAGUUUGCUGCGUUUGAUCUUAGAGCGUAUGAUUUGUAGAAGUUCAGGUUUCACUUUCACGUACAGCCUCCCCUGAGUUCUCAAACUUUUACUCCAUGGACAUGUUAAAUUAAAUGAUUUGAGGUUUAUUUAAUUUGUUUGUGUGAGGAGCAUAAGGCUUGCUGCAUUCUCCUCAUUAAUGUACAAGAGAAACCAGGAGAGUUGUGAACAGACUGUUGGUGUGUUUAUUUUGCUAUAUAUUCAGUUUUAUAUAUUGUCUGCAGUAUUUUAUUCAAAAGUAACUGAGCUUGUUUAAGCGUGAGGUCAUGACUGUUUGAGGCUUGGUUUGGAAGUGUGUUUCAUAUGAUUGAUUGCAAAAUAUUUCGUCCUUUCUCAAUAACCAUAUUUAUGACUUUGUUUCUAUUUUUUAAUUUUUUCCUGCUUGUCUAAUCGACUUUACCGACGUAAUAAGAUGUAGAUGUGAAGCCAAUUCACUGGCAAACAAGUGACGAAUUUACUCUGUAUGGUUAAACAAAUAUAAGCCUUUCUGUACCGAGGAUAUACGGUAAUCAGGUUUUAUUUUAUCCUUCAAGUUUGAAAUAAGAUUAACCAAAAUGUAUGAUAUCAUCAUAGUUCGAGCAAGGCUUAAAAAGCCCUAAUAAUAAUGUUUCAAUAUCACAGCAAUUGCAAUAACCAAGUAUAGUCGUGACCAGGCUUUUAGAGCGAUUUUACUUGGCUCCGUGAAACAGUUGAUAACAACUACUGCAAAAUAACUACAAAUACACACAAGAGGACAGUAGAAUUAAGUGCAUACUAGUAGUCUGGUGGCUUAGUGCAAAAUCUUGGCGAGAUCUAU